AUGGCCUCGCAUCUAAACGAUCGGCUACUAUGGUUGUGUCUAGGUGUUACUCUCUUCUUCGCCGUGCGCGGAAUCGCCACGGACCUCCGCCGGGUCCGUGAUUUGACGGAGAUCAAGCAUGUCGAGAAGGAGGAUAGGAUGAUCAGCGAGGGUACAGAAGAUGCCCUCAAAUUAGACACCUUGUUGAAACUAUCCGAGAGCACCAAUCAUGACCUCCGCGCGGCGGCUUUGCGCAUCAUCGCCGAACGCUCUACCAAGGGUGAAACCCGAGAUCUGCUUCUAGAGGACCUGGCAAGCAAGAACAAGGAUCGGCGGAACAAGGCGCUCAGUGCCAUGCACUUUCUAGUCUCGAAUCGAGCACUAGCUCGAACCUCCGUAUGUACACGACUACAGGACCUCACAACCUGCACCGCACUCGUCGAUUGUCUCUGCAAUUUCUUAGAGGAGCAUGUCGAAGAGACAUCGACCACCGUAUCACCCAUCUUCCCGAAAACGAGACCGCUUGGAGAAAAGAAAGCCCUCAGCACGCUCAAUUAUGUCCUCCAGGAAAACAUUCCAGCCGCAUUGGAGGCCGGUGUAAUUAGUCGCUGGCUCGAUAAGUACCCGUUCCCAUGUGCUCUUGCGGAGCCGUCACGGCGGCAGGACGUCGUGAUCCUGAUGAAGACGUGGUGGUCGGAUGAUUCGAUAAUGAGCUCCAUAUUCGGCACCCUGUCCUCUCACCCGGAGGCAAUCAAGCAGCUACGGAAAUAUGGCUUGAUGGGAAGCUUGAUAGAAGAGAAUGAUCCAGACGACGAAGACAGUGACGUGUGGAUGGUUGAUGGGGAGGACACGGCCGGCUCAAGGCACAUUCCGGGGCGGCGGCUGCGCGAACGCACCGCCGAGGAACAGGCUGUCAGGCGGCGCCGAAGGGAAGCCAUGGUACUAAGCGACGGUGAGCGGCCGCUUGGUAAUGACGACAUCAUCCAGUUACCCGUGUCGGAAUGA